AAAUUUUCCUCUGGUCCCUCGAAUUUUUUUUAGAGAGCUACCAACCACGCCUUCUCCUACAGGAUAUAAUACAGCUCCCAAUCCAUUUCUUCCAACAAUCCUUUCUUCCCAACUCCAACAUUUCACGUCGAAGACGAUUAUCUUAAACAAUACCCCAAUCUCUUCACUUAUAUUCGACAAUGGGCAAGGUCAAGCAAGCAAACGGCAAAGCCGCGAAGGCUUCCAAGCCCCUCAGUGCUGUCAAGAAUGCCGGCGUUACCAAGGCCACCGACAGCCCAAAGGCUAAGUCCAAGCAGAUUGCUAAGGAUGUCGCCUCAAAGGCCGUGAAGGGCAAGGAUCUUAAGAAGAAGAAGAAGGUCGAGUCCGAGUCCGAGGACUCCGAGUCUGACUCUGACUCCAACGAUUCUGAAUCUGAUGAUGCUUCCGGCUCUUCGGAUGAAGACUCUGACGACUCUACUUCCGAGUCUGAGGAGAAGCCUGCUGCAAAGGCUAAGGCUAGCGGCAAGGCUGCUAAGCCCGUUGCCAAUGGCAAGACCAACGGCAAGGCCAAAGCUAAGGCCGCCAAGUCCGAGUCAGAAGACUCAUCCGAUUCCGACGAGGACAGCGACGACAGCGACGAUGCUGCUGACGCUAAGCCUACUGCAGACAAGGCUAAGGCUAAGAAAGAGUCAUCGGCUAAAGACUCCGACGACUCUGAUUCUUCCGACUCUUCUGAUGCAGAGGAAGGUUCUGAUGACUCUAGCGAUGCUGAGUCCGAGGCUGAAAAGAAGCCUGAGCAGCCGAAGAAGCGUAAGGCCGAAGAUGAGGCCUCUACACCCUUCAAGAAGACCAAGACAGAUGAGGAGUCUGAGGAGAAGAGCUCUACUCUCUUCGUCGGAAACCUCGGUUGGGCUGUGGAUGACGAGAAGCUGUACGACGCAUUCAAGGAUUGCGCCGACAUUACAAACGCUCGUGUCGUCACUGACAAAGCCAUGCAACGCUCUCGUGGUUUCGGAUACGUCGACUUUGCAAACCCUGAGGCUGCUCAGGCUGCUUUCGACAAGAUGAACGGCGUUGAACUUGACAACCGUCCCAUGAGACUGGACCCUUCUAAGCCCCGUCCCGCUGAGGAUGCUACCCCCAACGCUCGUGCCGCCGACCGUGCCCGCCAACACGGCGAUGUCGCGAGCCCGGAGAGCGAUACCUUAUUUGUUGGCAACCUCCCGUGGGAUGUUGAUGAGGAGAUGGUUACUGCAUUCUUCGGCGAGGUCAGCGAAGUCAAGAGUGUUCGACUUCCCACCGACCCUGACUCCGGCAACCGCAAGGGUUUCGGUUACGUAUCCUUCCAGUCAGUUGAAGAUGCCAAGACCGUAUAUGACGCCAAGAAUGGCGCUUACAUCGGUGAGGGCCGAAAUUCUCGCGCUGUCCGUCUUGACUUCGCCAGCCAGCGACCGCCCCGUGACGGUAACUCGGGCGGCCGUGGUGGCGGUGGCUUUGGAGGUCGUGGCGGAGGUGGCCGCGGAGGUGGCCGUGGACGCGGUGGUUUCGGCGGCCGCGGUGGUGGUGGUGGCUUCGGGGGUCGUGGCGGUGGUGGACGAGGUGGCUUUGGUUCUCGAGGUGGCGCGUCGUUCCAAGGCAAGAAGACCACUUUUUAAAGUGGCAUAGCCGCACUAGGCUCUAUUCUGAGGGUUCUUUGACACACAUGACGGUUGGCUUUGUGGGUUCGUCGGCUUCUCCGAAACUAUAAACUCCUCUGGAGUUGUGGGCUUUGAGGGCUAGGCUUCUAUAAGAAGCUGUGAUUUGACCUGUGGGCAUGAUCGGAGGGUAACCUCCAUGUGGAUUCUGAGGGCUUGAGGGUUCGAGGGCUUCAAACUGAUAGCACAGUCGUCUGUGCUGGUGCUAUAUGCAUCUACGUAUAUCGGUUUUUUAUUAAGUCGGCUUUUCCUUCUGUGGGCUCUGAGGGCUUUUCAGUCAACGAAGUUGGUAUGAACCUCCUUAUGCUCGGGGCACGUUCCCAGCAUCUGGAGGCGGAUCAAGCUUCUAGACUACGAGGGCUUUAUGACGGCGUUCGAGGGCAUCAAAAAAGCUCUUCUCUUGCAAAUGCGAAUGACUUACGGUUUCUUUACGAUUAAACUGACAUUCUGGUCAGUCAGAUCUCGGUGAGUAUACUCUGCCUUGUACACCCCACAAGCUUAAUAGUCACUACCCUACAGCUUCCUUAGGUUAGAAGUGAGAUAAUUACACCAGUUCAUGAAAA